UUCGCGACAAAAACAAAGGGAGGAUAACCCAAUGAACGGCUCAGAUGAAGUGGAAACUUCAAGAACCAAACAGAUCCCUUGAUUUUUUAUUUCUUAAUUUCUCACACUGCACAUACAUUUUUGCCCUCACUCUCCCUUACUAAAAACCUAAUCAGCCCUAUCCGUUCGUCACCAACAAGCUGCUCUCUCAUUAAACUUCUCUUCUCCGCCUGAAAAUUCAACCCACCUCAAAUUUCCAUUCUUCAUACUUUUAAGGUCUAAAGAAUAAAUGGCGUCAACUUUUGCCGGCAUAUCUGCGGUUGGUUCAUUAGCUGCCUCUGGAAGCAGGGUCAUGGAUAAUAAAACUGCAGCUUCAUCAAAUAAAUUGUCAUCGCUUGCUUCAAUAUCUUCUAGUUCACUUGGGAGGAGAAAGUACGCUUCAAAAAAAGCACGUCCCUUCCAAGUAACAGCAGCUGCAAAGGACUUGUAUUUUAAUAAGGAUGGCUCAGCAAUAAAGAAACUUCAGAGUGGUGUAAACAAACUUGCGGACCUAGUUGGCGUCACCCUUGGUCCCAAAGGCAGAAAUGUGGUUCUGGAGAGCAAAUAUGGUUCCCCAAAAAUUGUCAAUGAUGGAGUUACUGUCGCCAAAGAGGUUGAGUUGGAAGACCCUGUAGAGAACAUUGGAGCUAAAUUGGUGAGACAAGCAGCUGCAAAGACCAAUGACUUGGCUGGAGAUGGGACAACAACAUCUGUUGUCCUUGCACAAGGCCUUAUAGCCGAGGGUGUUAAGGUGGUAGCAGCGGGAGCUAAUCCUGUUUUAAUAACUAGAGGAAUUGAGAAAACAACCAACGCUUUAGUAUCUGAGCUGAAAUCAAUUUCGAAAGAGGUCGAAGAUAGUGAACUAGCAGAUGUUGCAGCAGUAAGUGCCGGGAAUAACUAUGAAGUUGGGAACAUGAUAGCCGAGGCAUUGAGCAAAGUUGGUAGGAAAGGUGUCGUGACUCUUGAAGAGGGCAAAAGUGCUGAAAACAGCCUUUAUGUUGUUGAGGGAAUGCAGUUUGAUCGUGGCUAUAUUUCUCCAUAUUUUGUGACUGACAGUGAGAAGAUGACUGUUGAAUAUGAGAACUGCAAGUUGCUGCUUGUUGACAAGAAAAUAACCAAUGCUAGAGAUCUCAUAAACGUGUUGGAAGAUGCCAUUAGAGGUGGUUACCCCGUUCUAAUUGUUGCUGAAGAUAUUGAGCAAGAAGCUCUUGGAACCCUUGUAGUGAACAGGCUGAGGGGCGCACUGAAAGUUGCUGCUCUCAAAGCUCCUGGAUUUGGUGCGAGAAAGAGCGAGUAUCUCGAUGACAUGGCAAUUUUGACCGGAGGAACUGUGAUACGGGAUGAGGUUGGGCUGACAUUAGACAAAGCUGACAAAGAAGUUUUGGGUCAUGCUGCCAAGGUUGUGAUGACAAAGGACUCAACAACGAUAGUGGGAGACGGCAGCACUCAGGAAGCUGUUAAUAAACGUGUUACCCAAAUAAGAAACCUUAUUGAGGUUGCGGAGCAAGAUUAUGAGAAGGAAAAGCUGAAUGAAAGAAUUGCAAAGCUAUCUGGAGGCGUUGCUGUUAUUCAGGUUGGGGCGCAAACGGAAACAGAGCUGAAAGAAAAGAAGCUUAGAGUAGAAGAUGCUCUCAAUGCCACUAAGGCAGCUGUUGAGGAAGGAAUUGUGGUUGGCGGUGGAUGCACUUUGUUGAGACUUGCAUCCAAGGUCGAUGCUAUCAAGGAAACUCUUGAAAACGAUGAGGAGAAGGUUGGAGCAGACAUUGUCAAGAGAGCGUUGAGUUAUCCGUUGAAAUUGAUUGCCAAGAAUGCUGGAGUUAAUGGUAGUGUUGUAAGUGAGAAGGUGCUAUCAAGCGACAACCCAAAAUAUGGUUACAACGCUUCCACAGGGCAGUAUGAAGAUCUCAUGGCUGCUGGAAUCAUAGAUCCAACUAAGGUGGUAAGAUGUUGCUUGGAACAUGCAUCUUCAGUUGCCAAGACAUUUUUAAUGUCUGAUUGCGUGGUUGUCGAGAUUAAGGAGCCUGAACCUGCCGUAACUGGAAACCCUAUGGACAACUCAGGUAUAAAUAAGAUACGGUUACUGAGCAAAGCAGAAGUGAGCUCUGUCUGCUUGAAGAAUGAAGAGCACAUUGUGAAUUGUGCACCUGUGGAUUGUUUAAGAUUUGAAUAAGCUUUUGACCUCUAUGUGGUAGGAAUAUGAGAUUUUGAGUUGAGGAAUGUUAGUUAGAGAUUUAAAAUGCAGCAAAGGAGAUUGGCUUUAGUUGGAUUCGGUUUUGUUUUGCAUGCAUUGACUAGAACCGAGAGAUAAUAACUGUAACGAUAUUCUGUGCUGUGUUAUUUUUUAUAUUAAUCAUCAACUGUCUGUGGUUAAUUAUUCUUAUCUAUUUCCACUGUUUAUUACUUUCUUUAGCACCUUCACGGUAAACCAAAGUCGGACUGAUUGGAUUCGAAUCAUGAGUGCUAUCUGUGAAGUGUGAACAGUGUAGCAAGUGAACUGCAUUUUGUUCAUAUUCAAAUUGGCCUCUCGCAAAUAAAGUUUCUCAUCACUUUUGGGAUAUCCGUGGUCCAAGAUAAAAUGAAAUAGAAGGCUUCGUUUGUCGAGAUGAGAUUGAAAUAAAGAUAAUAUAUGAUGAAUGAUUUAAAUUGUUUGUUUUGAUUAAUUUAUUUGUGGAGAUUGUACUAAAUAUGAGAUGAAUGGAUGAUAAUGUUUGUUUGGA